AAUGAAAAGCACUGAAGUGCAAACCCUCGGCGUACUGUGACGCGCACGCGUAAGUAAACGCAUGCGCAGUACUACUAAUUGCUGGGAUGGGUUUAGUUUUAGCUGUUACCCAUGGUCUCUUGCCAGCUCGCGCAGAGUCUGACGCGGGCUAACUACACUACUAGAUAGCAUGCGAGAGGCGAUACACGCCCUGCGUUGCAUCUUCUGGUGCCUCCGAGGUACGCAGAGCACGCGGAUCGAUCAUGCCAUAGUAAGCCGUUGUGUAUUUGCAUAUUGGCUUUUUCGCGCUCUAGCUUUGCAACGGAGCGUUUUCAGCGAAAACCACACAUAUUUUCUGACCUUCAUUGCCCGUUCAGUAGAUGGUAGCGUUUCUGGGACGAACAGACAUUCG